AUGAAGUGGAAAGAAUGUUACUUAGAUGUGAUCUUAGUGCCGCUAGGACUAAUAGCAUAUGCAGCUUACCAUGUUUACUUGUGGUACAAGUUACGUACACAGCCUCUCACCACCGUCAUCGGUACUAACGCUAGAGCUCGCCGUUUUUGGGUCGCUUCCAUCAUCAAGGACAACGAAAAGAAGAACAUCUUGGCCGUUCAAACGCUAAGAAACUGCAUAAUGGGAUCGACUUUAAUGGCCACAACAUCAAUCCUCCUUUGCGCGGGUCUAGCUGCUGUUAUAAGCAGCACUUAUGCGGUAAAGAAGCCUCUAAGCGACGCCGUUUACGGAGCUCACGGGGAGUUCAUGGUGGCUCUUAAGUAUGUAACAAUCCUCAUCUUCUUCCUCUUCUCUUUCUUCUCUCACUCUCUCUCGAUCCGGUUCAUCAACCAAGUUAAUAUCCUCAUCAACACUCCCUUUCCUCCCGAAGAGUUGGAGGAGAUGAUGAUGAUGAUAACGCCGGAGGAGUACGUGGCGGAGUUGCUAGAGAGAGGGUUUGUUUUGAAUACGGUGGGAAAUAGACUGUUCUACGCGGCGUUGCCUUUGAUGCUUUGGAUAUUUGGACCGGUGCUUGUGUUCUUGUGCUCGGUCAUGAUGGUUCCUCUUCUUUAUAACCUCGAUUUUUUCUUCUUUGGAAAAGAAAGAAGAAAAAUCGAUAGAAAAGCUAGUUUUGGAUCUGCGUAA